CCAACUACUCAGCUUAUCAACCGCACAUACUUGAGUACGCAACAGCUGCAAUACUCAUUAUCUUGAAAUCGUUCUACUAUAUUUGUUUGAAAAGGUCGCGUAAAUGUAAAAGUUUUUUGGUCCGCAUCGAUAUCAUUAGUCUUUCUUUUUCUACGUUGUCCCCCCAUCCGCUGAGAUCAUUCUACUUACUACCGGCUUGUUUUCGUCUUUCUACUUUUAGGCUAUCCCUUCUUGCAAAUACUUACUAGCAAACUGAAAUUAUUAGUCCCAACAAACAUUGCGAACUGCAAACUAAACUCUACGUCGCAAAUCGAGACCCUUUGCAAACUCAAACUAUUAAUUUGAAUCUCGUCUUGGCAAUCGAGUACUUUACCGGAAUUAUUAAAUUAGCUUCUACUCUCUGAACAGCGAGAUUGACAGUUUCC